AGAAAAAGUACAGGUCUUCAUCUUUGUACUUGUUACCUCGCCCUUGUUAUUGUUUGGACAAGUAAAGUUUUCGUUUUCCCGCCAAGCAGCUUUUUAGUAUACCUUACCACCCGGUUCGGUGAUUUCGAUUUACAGGGCCCUUUUAUCGCAUCAAAGGGAGCUACUGAUAAGGGGCUGCCUAGUACAAAUAAGUCCUAGUACAACGUCGUGUAUGACCUGAUCAAGUGUCUUUUACGGAAAAAGUAAAAGUCUGAUUUUAUUUUUUGCGGAAGAAUUUCGACAAGAAAAAACUCGAUCAUGAUGAAAUUCGGGCUGCAAUCAGCCGCGGCAGGAAACAAGAGGAGUACGUUCCUCCGUAUGCCGCUAGAGCGGCGUUCAGCGCGCUACCUUGCCGGGUCCUCGUCGUACUACACGGCGUUGCGCCUCCUGAUCGCAGCCUCCACCCAGCGAGAAGAGCUGCAGGAAGUGGUAGCCGUUAGCUACUGCGGAUCAUGCGCGGAGCACAAUGCGUAUCUAGUUUUCAAUACGGUCACUGGUGAGGGAAUCGGAUGGGGCAUGCAACCCCACCCGUUGAAUUACGCCGGGUACAACCCGUGGAAUACGUACGUCAACUGCGCCAGCUCCGGCACGAAUCCUUGGAAUUGUGCACUGGAGUUAAUGGAAACCAUCGAACUUUCCUGCUGGGCUCCCCCGCAUGGAGAUCAAAAUGGAGAGGAUCGCUGUGAAGGUACUAAGUUGUAUACCAAGCAAGGGAACACAAUGCAGUAUCGCGACGUUUUUUUCGAUCGAUUUCGCUAUCCUACUGAAAAGAGUCCAUCCUGCCCCGUCGUGAUGAAACCAAAGCUAUGCCUGCACAGCGAAGAAGGCUCCCGGGGACGAUCAUGGAACUCGAUAGUACAAUGCUCGUGUUGAUGUAUUUCGGAGCUACGUCGCAGGUCAUACAAUCAUUCAUUGUGUCUGCAGAGAAGGGUUGGAAAAAUUUGCAUUUGUGCAGAAUGAAAAAAUGCGCCUGUCAUUACAUUACUUAGUUCCAGCAAAGCUGCCUACUACACGUAGCUUUGACUGGCAUGUUGAUUAGCAUGAUCCGGGUGAGGCCCGCUGUGUUUUUGGCCAAGAAGACUCUGACACAAAUCCUGUCCGUCGUGUUGAUGUUUCUUUCACAACAUCACAAGGAGAAGGAAGACAAAUUGUUUUCGUUUGGAAGCGUAGUUUCAACGCAGCGCUAGGUAGUAGAGCUCAGGCGGGGGCGGGGCAGGGGUACCGCUUUUCAUCUUAAUAGCCGCGAUGAUGAGGGCUGGAAGGUCGACUCUGGGGGUAUCGACAUGAAAAAUCCCCCCUCCCCAUAUCGGAAACGGAACAUGCGUGAAUUUGUGAUGCUGUAUUUGAGGACACAAAUCGACUUGUAUUGCUAGAAGGCCAAGAGACGAGGCUGCGGCCUAAAUUGCAGGCGAUCUGUCAUGCUGUUUCCCACUUCCAGUUGCCUUCUGUCAUCCUGGAGCUGCAAGGCUUUCCCACACUAGACAGCACUACAGUCCGCAUCUUUUGCCUUCUGGCAUCACAAAGCUGAUUUGUGGCCACAAAUCUGCAUCACAGAUUUCCGUUUUGAUAUGGGGAGGGGGCGUUUUUCAUUGUAAUAGGGGGGCACGACGACGACUGGAAGACGAAAAUGGCGCCUUACUAUCAAGUUGAAGAUGCUACCGAUAAUUGCACUAGUCUGUGACCACGAAAGCGGUUGUGCAGAUAGAAGCAAAGGGCGUUGGUACUAUCCUCUACAAUAAACAGGAUAUGUAUGUAUGUAUGCAAAUUUAUGAAAUUCUAAUACUAAUUCGCCAACAUCCGGAACUUCAUCUGGGUGUCACGGCUGUGGCGCCCGGAGCUCUGGUGGGCACGGUGCGCGUUAUUUGUUCUGAUGUUAUGGCGGCGUCCGGCUUCAGCGUCAGCAGCUUGGUGAAUUACGGUAAGUCGUGUUUCAUAGACUUCUUUGGGACGGGACUGAAAAAUGGGAGAAACACGAUGGGAUCCUGCACUAUGGCCCGCUCAGGUGUUGAUAGAGGGACCAUUUCAAAUGUUGCAGUGAAAGUACAGGUAGUACUCAAGAACAGCAAACUCAGCAACAUGCAAGGCCGCAGCGUUCGGUUUUUUGACUUGUUACAGACCUGGAGGAGUCUUCAUGCAUGAUAGCGAAACCUCCGUGGUGGUGCUGAUGUUUAAUUUCAAUAUUCGUACGAAGAUUACCAUUUUGCUCCUCUUCUACAUUGUACCCAAGGACAAGGAAGGAGCUUGUUCUACAUUGUUUUUCUUCACAGUUUUCAUGCUCGUCGCCUGACAUCAAAUAGUCUUACUUUGUCUAAGAUGAAACUUGCGCUACAUCAUUGUUUUUCCCGGCAGGCUGCUAGGUCAUGCAAUCGCUGCGAGUCACAGUCACAGGCUACUCCGAUAAUGUCGUGAUAGUUGAGAUUGCCUUCAUCUUAUCGACAGCAAAUAUGAUGUCCGGGUCUGGAGGAAUGUGCAAAAAUGUUGUGAUACGCAUUCGUUCUGAACGUGUAAUGCUAUUGCCUGCAUGCCAGAACUUCUGGGUCAUGCGACAAAUGCGUGACAAACAUCUGCAUUCAUCCAGAUCCAAACAUAUUCGCAUUUGAUACAUCUUACCUGAGCGCGCGAUAUCCGACAGUUACAUGCCGCCGCGGAGGUGAUACCUGGAGCUAACCCACAGAAAAGAGCCCACCACGAAGUGCCAUUUUUCCUUGCAGAAGUAGUUGCAACGAAAAUAUUAUUUCUGGGUUGCAUAAGAACAUCAACAUGUACAUCACACGCGUCGCGCAACCAAAAUUCGUUUUGUCCUCUCCGCAACGUAGAUGGAACAAGAAUUUGCGUUGCACAUCGAAUUUCUCAACAUGCUAAAGUUGUAAAGCUGAACAAGGUGCUGGCACGACCCUUAAAGGCUCUACAACCUCCAUGUGAUACCGUACUCAAUUUUUUGUCGUGCAUGAUCAACGUGGGGGUUUCUCUUUUUUCUUUGUUAUAGCAGACGAGCUUGGUGUAAUGAGUAUGACAUGCUUCGACGAGCAAACCGCAUGUCCUAGUGGACCUUUCGAUAAGUAUGAAACGGGCUGGUCUAACUGUAAGAACAAUCCGUGUUGCGUAAAUCAAGAAAGAAAGUAUCAUGCGGGGGUGUGGGGUUUUGACGACUAUGAGUGUAGGACGUACGACUAUAUCUUUACUGGCGAGAACUACCACCAGAUUUUGCCCAAAGACGGGUAUGGCGAUCAUCACAUUAACGGGUACUUGGAAUUGAAGACGAAUACGCUCCCGGAGCCG